AUGGUCACCCCCACUCUACCACACCAUUCCAAGAUGGUCGCCCCACUCCAUUCCAUCUACCAAGGUGGUCACCCCACUCCACCCCACCAUUCCAAGGUGGUCACCCCCACUCCACACCACCAUUCCAAGAUGGUCACCCCACUCCAUCCCACCAUUCCAAGGUGGUCACCCCCACUCCACCCCACCAUUCCAAGAUGGUCACCCCACUCCAUCCCACCAUUCCAAGGUGGUCACCCCCACUCCAUUCCACCAUUCCAAGGUGGUCACCCCACUCCACCACACAUUCCAAGGUGGUCACCCCCACUCCAUUCCACCAUUCCAAGGUGGUCACCCCCACUCCAUCCCACCAUUCCAAGGUGGUCACCCCACUCCACCACACAUUCCAAGGUGGUCACCCCCACUCCAUUCCACCAUUCCAAGGUGGUCACCCCACUCCACCACACAUUCCAAGGUGGUCACCCCACUCCAUCCCACCAUUCCAAGAUGGUCACCCCACUCCAUCCCAUCUACCAAGGUGGUCACCCCCACUCCAUCCCACCAUUCCAAGAUGGUCACCCCACUCCAUCCCAUCUACCAAGAUGGUCACCCCCACUCCACCCCACCAUUCCAAGAUGGUCACCCCACUCCAUCCCAUCUACCAAGGUGGUCACCCCCACUCCAUCCCACCAUUCCAAGGUGGUCACCCCCACUCCACACCACCAUUCCAAGGUGGUCACCCCCACUCCACCCCACCAUUCAAAGAUGGUCACCCCACUCCAUCCCACCAUUCCAAGGUGGUCACCCCCACUCCACCCCACCAUUCCAAGGUGGUCACCCCCACUCCAUCCCAUCUACCAAGGUGGUCACCCCCACUCCACCCCACCAUUCCAAGAUGGUCACCCCACUCCACCCCAUCUACCAAGGUGGUCACCCCCACUCCAUCCCACCAUUCCAAGAUGGUCACCCCACUCCAUCCCAUCUACCAAGAUGGUCACCCCCACUCCAUCCCACCAUUCCAAGAUGGUCACCCCACUCCAUCCCAUCUACCAAGGUGGUCACCCCCACUCCAUCCCACCAUUCCAAGGUGGUCACCCCCACUCCACACCACCAUUCCAAGGUGGUCACCCCCACUCCACCCCACCAUUCCAAGAUGGUCACCCCACUCCAUCCCACCAUUCCAAGGUGGUCACCCCCACUCCACCCCACCAUUCCAAGGUGGUCACCCCCACUCCAUCCCAUCUACCAAGGUGGUCACCCCCACUCCACUCCACCAUUCCAAGAUGGUCACCCCACUCCACCCCACCAUUCCAAGAUGGUCACCCCACUCCAUCCCAUCUACUAAGGUGGUCACCCCACUCCACCCCACCAUUCCAAGGUGGUCACCCCCACUCCAUCCCACCAUUCCAAGGUGGUCACCCCACUCCACCCCUCCAUUCCAAGAUGGUCACCCCCACUCUACCCCACCAUUCCAAGGUGGUCCCCCCUACUCCAUCCCAUCUACCAAGGUGGUCACCCCACUCCACCCCACCAUUCCAAGGUGGUCACACCCACUCCACACCACCAUUCCAAGGGGGUCACACCCACCCCACCCCACUUUUCCAAAACGCUGUAUCCGCACUUGCUGAAUGCACAAAUACCUCCCAAAGCAACUUACGUUUGCCAGUUGUGUAUAAAUGA